AUGUACUGUGAUCAGUUUGUCGUGUUUACUGCAGCAAUUCAUGCAACAGACAUCACUUACAAAGUCAUAUCGUUGGUCCCCAAUGGCGAAACAGUUGCUGUCAUUGUAAACAACCAUAUUUACCCAUUGACAAAUGCCAACUCAAACUCUAGCUUACUUCAUUUUGGUGAAGCUCCUGCCCCAAAUAAUGGCGAUUACAAAUAUGUCAUUAUUGAAAAUGAGAACAACCAAAUCGUGGAAAGCGAAAAUUUCACUCGUACUAUUAGCGACGGGACAACAAGUACACCAAAUGAUUACUAUGGAAGAUCGUGGAAUUAUUUUGAUCUGCCAGAAAUGCCGGAUAUUCUUCCUUCACUCCCCAUCAUUCACCGAAUUCAAUCCAAGCUUCACAUCCACAAUGAAAUUCCUACAAUUCAUUUUUAUGGUGAUCAGUCUCUGGUAGAUAUGAUCCAUCAAAACCAGACAGCUGACAUUGAUAUACAUUUAAACAUGACUUAUAUCAGUCCUGACGACGUUGUCCACUUUCCCAACGUCACAGUAGCACUGUCUGGACACUCAACGAGGGGUCUUUCUAAGGUGUCCUAUUCUUUUAAAACGCCUACUGAUGAUUAUUUGUAUGGCUAUCGUCGGAUCAAGUUACGAUCCAUGUCUAUGGAUUCGUCUUACAUGAGAGACUAUAUGAGCUAUGGCGUUGCAAAGGCCAUUGGUCAACCUUCUAGUGAAUAUAGUUACGCACGUCUAUACAUCAAUGAUCGAGCUAUUGGGCUUUUCGGUGUUGCCGAGGCAUUUAAGGCACCCUGGAUACGUAACGAAUUUGCUAAUGGAGAUGCCAACUUUGACCAUGGUGCACUUUACACGGCAGAUAUCUUUGGUGGAAAAGAACUAUUUGGUGCCCUUGAGAACGGCGAUGGAAGACCUAAAGGUUCUCCUGACGGGGAGAUGCAACCUUUAGACAGUCCCGCUGAACUAUCCUAUCUAGGAAGCAAUGUUAGUCUUUAUAGUGCAGGUCAAUAUGAUGUAAAAGAAGAUCCCUCGUCUGGCUCCCCUAAUUAUACUAGAAUCAUGGAUGUAAGCAAAUUUAUCUCAGAACAGCCCACUAUACCUCUCGACAAUGAUUCUACUGUUUCACUCUGGGAAAAAGAAAUUGAUGUCGUGAGUUUUCUUCGUGGUCUGGCUCUUGAAAUUAUUUUGUCUGAUACCGAUGGCUAUCUGACAAUGGGAAAUAACUAUAUACUUUAUAAUGACCUUGUACACCAACGCUUGGUUUUUAGUGGCCAGGAUUUUGACUUAACCAUGGGUACCAUGUUUUAUAAUGCUUCUAAAAUGCUCAGUGGUAACUAUUCCGAUUACCCUGGGUUUUACAAGCGUCCCGUACCACCUGCUUUGAUGGCUGUGCCUCAUUUUAAACAAGAAUUCGAGAACUUGCUUAUUAAUAUUACUACGGAACUUGUAAACAACAAAGUACUGGGAAAUGUUAUUAGAGGAGUUUACAACAUGAUUGAGCAAGACGUAGCGUGGGAUCAGAGCUUACCACGUGUAGCUAGUGAUAUUUUGCCUGGCGCAAUUGGAAAUAUUAACUCGUCACUUUCAAAUGAUGCAGAACAGAUGUUCCAAGGGGUGUCGUUUCAAACUGCUGUUUUUGGACCUUCGGUUUCUAAUUACACAAUGAGCCUACUGGAUUGGUUAUCUAUUCGCAGUAAUAAUAUUUUAACAUUUUUCAACCAGCCGUUGAUUGAAUGAUAAACAUUAUCUUAAAAAAA